AAGCCAGAGGGCUACAUCAGCCGCCCUCCCAAUUGUUUCAUGCUAUACCGCUCGUUCAAGAACAAGCAGUACCAGAAGGAACACCCAGGCGGCGUCCAAUCGAACUUUUCAAAGAUGAUCUCUCCCCUAUGGGCGGCGGAGCCACCGCAUGUGAAAGCUUACUGGAAGGAGCGCGCCAAGGAAGUGGCGAGGAAGCACAAGCAAAAAUACCCAUUUUACACGUUCAAGCCU